UUCUCAUGGCAAAGGGUACAAGUAGUCUAUAGCCACCGUAGUUCAAUUUAAAAGCCCAACAGAAUCCUGGAUUCUGACAGCCAAGACACAGAACAGAGAAGAAAGAAAGAUGAUAAUUCCAGUUCGUUGCUUCACCUGUGGCAAGGUUAUCGGAAACAAAUGGGACACAUACCUUGAUCUUCUACAGGCAGACUACAGUGAAGGAGAUGCGCCUGAUGCAAUAGGUCUGGUUCGUUAUUGCUGUAGGCGAAUGCUGAUGACUCAUGUGGACAUCAUCGAGAAGCUUUUGACCUACAAUGCUAUGGAGAGGUCUGAUACCUGCUAAGCGAGGUGAUCGAUUGACAAGAAUAAAAGCCAGUGCAUGUUUCUGCGCCGACCUGUCGUCGGGACAUCCUUGUUGAAAAGAAUAAAUGCACUGUUGCACAGCGGAAUUGGCGUCAGCAAUCAAUGAAAAUCCGGUGGUGGGUUGUGCUGAUGGAUGUUUGAGAUAGUGUUUUUUCAUGAAAGUAUACUAUUUGUAUACGUAUUUGGAAUGAAUAUAUCGUGACUCGUUAUUUAA